AUGACAGCCUCAGAGUCUGGUGAUGCUCCUCCACAUCCAUCGACUGGCAUAGCGCCCAACCUUGAGCAGCCCAGUCUUUUCUGGCGAACGGCGAGUCAGGCCACACUACUCGGAACAGCGACACUAUGUCGUCUGUUCCUCUAUGGCCUGAAUAAGACUGAAGUGCACGGCUUCCCGGCCUUCUAUGAACUCUUGAGAUCCCGCGACGACCCUACAAAGCGGGAACGUGGACUCUUGACUGUGUCCAACCAUGUCUCGGUCAUGGACGAUCCCAUAAUAUGGGGAACACUGCCACUGUCCGGACACCGUUUCGGCGCGCCGCAAAGGAUACGAUGGGGUUUCGGCAGCCACGACAUAUGCUUCACAGCCGCCUUCCGCUCCCAAUUCUUUACACUGGGACAAGUCCUACCCACCCAUCGAUCCGCCCACUCCCAGUUUGGCGGGCCAUACCAGUACACCAUGACCGAGGCGAUCCGCCUCCUCUCGCCGAUACAGGCUCCGCUGGCGUUCAAGAGAAGUGGAAGACGAUGUCCAAUACGCCAUGUCGAUCCCUUCUCCGACCUCCCGCUCGCACCACACUACCCCUCGUACCCCGCCGACGAACGCAACUACCUCGCACCUUCCCGCUAUGCGAGCAACAAUUUUGCCUGGGUGCACAUCUUCCCGGAGGGAAUGAUACACCAGUCGGAGAACUACGACAUGCGCUAUUUCAAGUGGGGGAUUGCGAGGUUAAUUUUGGAGCCGCCAGUGUGUCCGGAUGUUGUACCGAUGUGGAUUGAGGGGACAGAUCAGGUUAUGCAUGAGAGUAGGGAGUUUCCCAGAUUCAUUCCCAGGGCGUUCAAAAGGAUUUCUGUCACGUUUGGAGCGAAGGUCGACACCGAUGCCCGGUUUGGGGACUUGAGGGCACGGUGGGAGGGCUUGGAAAGGAGGAGUAAGGGUGUCAAGGACGCCAACCCGUCGUCAACAAUUUCGUUCUUACGACCCGGCUCAGGAUCAUCGUUGUUCUCGUUCUCCUCGCUCAAAUCUCUCCUUUGGAGAAUACCUUUAACUCCUGCGGGCACCACCCUCGCCAGCAACUCGACCCAGUCUGACCGUUCAACCGAGCCAACCAGCGAGCAGGCAGAACAAAACCACCUCAACAUCGGCCUCCCUCUACCCAAUUUGGACAAGACUCCACGCCUGCAACAAGAGAUCGAAGCCCUAUGGGAGGAGACAGCUUUCCGUGUCCGCGAAGAGGUGCUGAAGCUACGUCGUGCGCGCGGCUGGCCGGACGAGGACCCGAAGGCCAGUGCCGCGGAGACUUGGGCUAGGGAGGGAAAGGUGGUGGAGGAGAGGAAAGCCAGUGGGAUCAGGAGUGGGAGGGAAGGAGGAAAGGCCAAAAGAAUGGAGGAUGGGAGCUGGGUUGGUGGUCCUUGA